UUUGCACCAUUACAUGUUGCUCACGUUCCUUCUACUUAUUGCCAUAAGACAGAGUAAAUGAGGUCUACCCCGUUCGGCUCUUACGUAGCCGCCCCCACCACCAGAGCCGUAAAUUGCUUGCGAUUCGUUGGGUUUAGUGGCGUGUGCGAUAUGUCACCAAAUCUACAGCUUGUGAUAGACACAGAUGUAGGUCUAGAUGAUGCACUUGCUCUUAUGCUGUGCUUAGCAUCAGAGGCUUGGAAUGAAGCUAAAAUUCAUGGUGUAACAUGUGUACAUGGAAACACAUGCCUUGAAAAUGUGUGUAGCAACACACUGAAGGUGCUACAUGCUGCAGGCCGCUUAGAUAUUCCAGUUUUUCGGGGGGCAAGUGAAUCUUUGGUGGAGAGUCCAGAAAGUAGAGCAGAAUUCUAUCAUGGCUGUGAUGGCUUUGGAGAUUUUCAAUAUCCUGAUGCCCCAGAUCCUGAUCAUCACAUACAGAAAGAUCAUGCUGUUAGUUUCCUGACCAAAAUUACCUCAGAAAGACCAAAUGAAAUCAGUCUUCUUUGUCUUGGACCUCUUACAAACAUAGCUCUUGCAAUCCAUAUGGAUCCACACUUUUGUACCAAUGUUAAGGAAAUGGUAAUCAUGGGUGGCAACAUUGCUGGAGUUGGGAAUAUCACAGCUGCAGCUGAAUUCAACUUCCACUGUGAUCCUGAGGCAGCACAUGUUGUUCUUAAGAGUAUGAAGUGCCCCAUAACAAUUUUUCCAUGGGAAACAGCACUCACAAGGACUAAUAUUUCAUAUACAUGGCGCAAUGAUGUUUUGGGAAAAAUUCAGAGCCCUCAGAUGCAGCUUUUGAAUCAGGCAGAAGCAAAAGUAAUAGCCAGAUACUACAAGGAUGGUUGGGUGCAGUGUGAUCCGGCUGCUGCUGCUAUCCUCAUGAGGCCUUCCAUUGCCUCAUCAAAAGUAAUGCAUUAUGUGAUGGUAGAGUUACACGGACGGCAUACAAGAGGAGCAAUGGUUCUCGAUCAUAUCAAUUCACAAGGGAAAAAGCAUAAUGUGACUAUUAUAGAAAGCAUUGAUCUAAAUCUGUACAAGGAGCUACUUCUGACUGCUGCAAAAACUAACUUGAGCAGAAGUAAAAUACAAAAAGGACAGGGAGAAGAAACAUGAUUUUAUUUGUUACUUUUGUGUGAGUUAAUAUCAUACAAAAAAUGUUAUGUAUCAGAAUUAAAUUUGUAAUUUUGAAUUUCAUAAAAGUAGCUUAGCAUGUUUUCAUAUAUUGUCCAUUAAGAUUUAUUUUCAAAACUUCAGCUUAUUAAUUUCUUAUUAAUUUCCCGUGAUGUUAACUGAAUGUCUGUCUUAAUCCUAUUACUCCUGCUAUUUCAUUUAUAAAAAAAAGGUUCAUUGUGUCAUGCUAUCAUCACUAGAUGAUAAAUUUAAUUCUGCAGACUGAAUCAGUAUAAUACUGA